AUGUCUGAACCCAAGUCCCCAGGUUCUUACUGUGGUCUUCCAGCACAGAGAAGCUCACAGUGGGGUCCAGAGAUGGUCUUAGUGAAGCUGGAGGACUGUAGUCAACCACUGGAACUCAAUGUGAUAGUCAAAGAGGAAGAGGAGGAGAGAGAAGUAAAAGAAGAGGAGCUAGGGAUUAAAGAGGAGGUGGAGGAGAGAGCGUUCAAAGAAGAGGUGGAGGAGAGAGCGUUCAAAGAAGAGGUGGAGGAGAGAGCGUUCAAAGAAGAGGUGGAGGAGAGAGCGUUCAAAGAAGAGGUGGAGGAGAGAGCAUUCAAAGAAGAGGUGGAGGAGAGAGCAUUCAAAGAAGAGGUGGAGGAGAGAGCAUUCAAAGAAGAGGUGGAGGAGAGAGCAUUCAAAGAAGAGGUGGAGGAGAGAGCAUUCAAAGAAGAGGUGGAGGAGAGAGCAUUCAAAGAGGAGGUGGAGGAGAGAGCAUUCAAAGAGGAGAGAUUGUUCAAAGAUGAGGUGGAGGAGAGAGCAGUCACAGAAGUGGACAACAGGGAAGAGGAGGAAGAAGUAGAUGGUAACACUGACCCAGGUAAGUUCAGUUGUGUAGGAUGGAGAGAGGUAGGUGCAUUGGCAGCCACAUGGGAUUCCAUAACUAUUAUUGGGUCUUUCCACCAAUCUGGUGCCUUUUUCUGAAGAGUAACUUGGUUUCAUCUAAUGUUAAAGGGGCAGUGCAGUUAAAAAGGUGAUGUUCUUGUUUUGAAAAUAAUUCCUGGACUUUCAGCCUGUUCAGGUGGGAUGGAGGUUUUGGCCCAGAUCAUGGCAUCACAAUCUGAUAUGAAUGAUCAGUCAUAUUUUAUAUGCAUAUGUAUCCUCCUACAUUGAAGGGGUAAGCGGGGUAGGCUCUGUCUGCCAAUCAGGGCUGUGUAUGUAAAUAUAUUUUCAUUUGUAUCAACAUGCCCACAAGAUCAGACUGAGCAUUUCAAUGGCAAAAGGAGGCUCAGGGAAAUCAAUGAUAAAAAAUAUAUUUGGAGUUAUUUCAUGAAAUAAACACACGCAGUGAUUUAUAUAGACAUACAGUGAUAAUUAAAAAAUACUGCAUGAGGGCUUUAACAUUCUGGGUUCUGUUUUCAGCUGGCGGUUAGAAGGCCCAAGUGUCAAACACACGUUAGUUUGGAAUUUCGUCACGGAAGAACAUGAGCACUGGCAUUUUCCAGCCCUAACGCCAGGUUCGGCAAUUUACCUGUCUAACGUCAGCUGACUUGCGCUGAGGUGGGAGGGGUGGCAAAAUGGACAGUUUCAUGCAGCACUAAAGGGAACGUUUAUGACCCACAAAUGGCAGGUCUUAAAGGUAACUCAGUUACCAUUUUGAGAGCGGAAGCGCAGCCUAUCCAGCCAUGACACACAGUGCCCGUGGAAGAGAGAUGUUCAUUUUGUGUGGUGAAUCUCGUAUUUAGAAACAUCAAAUAAUGAUUGGUUUCCCCCCCAUUUUGUUUAAUUUGAUUAAAAACCAAGCAUAGCCUACCCUCCUCCUAAAUCAUGGCUGGUUUAGCAGCAUCGGAUAGGAGCAUCUUUUUAUCCUAGCCAGUAGCCCAGUAGCCUGAAUAAACAGGUUUUAAAUAGUUUACUGAGAUUGCCUUGAAAUAUUUGCCUUAAUGUUUUUUCAUUAUUCACAAUUCACAUACCAGCAUGCUUCAUUUUGCUCGUUUUGAGUAAGCUAUCCAGCCCAAUUUUCAAAGAGCGCCCCUGGUCCGAUUACCAAAGUCACGGCGCUUCUCCAAACUAUUCCAUCCUCCUAUAAUGCCAUAAACUAUAGAUAGGAGAAUAGUAUUUUGUAUAGACGUGCAAAUGUUAUGUGUAAAGACAUUUAGGUGUGUGCACAGAGAAGUGAUUUAUGAGUUCAUGUUUCUGACACAAUCCUGUUUAGAAAUAUUGUUGUUGGUUUAAAAAGUAGAUUUUCGUUUAAUUUGAUUACAACACAAAGUUAUUAGAAAGAUUCACCGUCCAUGUGUUUAUGGUGAGAACGUAUAUGGCUCGAAUGCAAUGUACAAGUGCAAAUAUGAUCAUAAGAUGGUUGAAUGAUGUUUCUAAAACAUUACAUUUGCAAGAAGUAUAACGGUGAGUAGACAUUCUCCCUUCUUUCUUUAUAUUGGAUCUUUAUCCAGCUCCUGUGAAAAGUUUUGAUGUGUGUAAAACCCUCCAUAGUCUAAGUUGCCUUGUCAGUAUAAAUGCUCCCGAGUGGCGCAGUGGUCUAAGGCACUGCAUCUCAUUGGUCUAAGGCACUGCAUCUCAUUGGUCUAAGGCACUGCAUCUCAUUGGUCUAAGGCACUGCAUCUCAGUGGUCUAAGGCACUGUAUCUCAGUGGUCUAAGGCACUGCAUCUCAGCGGUCUAAGGCACUGCAUCUCAUUGGUCUAAGGCACUGCAUCUCAGUGGUCUAAGGCACUGCAUCUCAUUGGUCUAAGGCACUGCAUCUCAGCGGUCUAAGGCACUGCAUCUCAUUGGUCUAAGGCACUGCAUCUCAUUGGUCUAAGGCACUGCAUCUCAUUGGUCUAAGGCACUGCAUCUCAGUGGUCUAAGGCACUGCAUCUCAGUGGUCUAAGGCACUGCAUCUCAUUGGUCUAAGGCACUGCAUCUCAUUGGUCUAAGGCACUGCAUCUCAGCGGUCUAAGGCACUGCAUCUCAUUGGUCUAAGGCACUGCAUCUCAGUGGUCUAAGGCACUGCAUCUCAUUGGUCUAAGGCACUGCAUCUCAUUGGUCUAAGGCACUGCAUGUCAUUGGUCUAAGGCACUGCAUCUCAUUGGUCUAAGGCACUGCAUCUCAUUGGUCUAAGGCACUGCAUCUCAUUGGUCUAAGGCACUGCAUCUCAUUGGUCUAAGGCACUGCAUCUCAGUGGUCUAAGGCACUGCGUCUCAUUGGUCUAAGGCACUGCAUCUCAGCGGUCUAAGGCACUGCAUCUCAUUGGUCUAAGGCACUGCAUCUCAGCGGUCUAAGGCACUGCAUCUCAUUGGUCUAAGGCACUGCAUCUCAUUGGUCUAAGGCACUGCAUCUCAGUGGUCUAAGGCACUGCAUCUCAUUGGUCUAAGGCACUGCAUCUCAUUGGUCUAAGGCACUGCAUCUCAUUGGUCUAAGGCACUGCAUCUCAGUGGUCUAAGGCACUGCAUCUCAUUGGUCUAAGGCACUGCAUCUCAUUGGUCUAAGGCACUGCAUCUCAUUGGUCUAAGGCACUGCAUCUCAUUGGUCUAAGGCACUGCAUCUCAUUGGUCUAAGGCACUGCAUCUCAUUGCUUGAGGCGUCACUACAGAACCCCUGGUUCGAUUCCAGGCUGUAUCACAACCGGCCGUGAUACAGCCUGGAGUCCAAUAGGGCGGCGCACAAUUGGCCCAGCGUCAUCCGAGUGUGGCCGGUGUAGGCCGUCAUUGUAAAUAAGAAUUUGUUCUUAACUGACUUGCCUAGUUAAAUAAAGGUAAAAUAAAAUAAAAACGCACAGGGAACAAUUAUGGUGCCUGUAACAGCCUAUUUUGAUUAGAAUUUGAUUAGAGUUUUACAUUGUCUUUUUAGGCCUCAUCAAUAGCCUAGUGAAUUUAAUCUUGCUUAUUGACUAUGUUUGGCAUGUCCAUGUCCAGACUGCAAUUUACAGUAGACCAAGCCACUAUAUCAGUGUGAGUGCUAUAGCCUAUGUUUAACAAUGCAUUUCCAUAUUGAAGCAAUGCAAUAAGAACAAUGUGGACUGCAAACAUGUUUAGCAAAUAUGGGGCAGGCUAUUUAACGAACUAGGCUAUGACGGACUAACAUUCUAAUUGGAGUUGAUGACAACGCAAUAGAUAAAAGACCUUAACUACACAACUUGAAGCAACCACAUAUUUAGCCAUGGAGCACUUACUGAUUGGCCAGUGAGGGGCCAAGCCUCGGAAACCCACAACUUGUUUAUUCAUCAAAACCCAGCUCUUUUGCGCCACCACAAGCUACUGCGCCCAUAAUUCCGGUUCUGAAAAUAACAAAAAUAUUUCUGACAGCAACGUGAGAGACUGAUCAACAACUACAGGAAGGAUUUGGGGCAGUCAUUGCAGCUAAAAGAUGGCACAAGCAGUUAUUGAGUGUAACGGGGCAAUUACUUUUUCACACAGGGGAAUUGGGUGUUGCAUAUCUUUGUUAUUACAUAACCCCAAAAAUGAGAUACUUAUUUUAUUUAUUUGUAAACUCAGGUGCCCUUUAUCUGAUAUUAGGUUUUGGUUGAAGAUCUGAUAACAUUCAGUAUAAAAAAUAUGCAAAAAUAGAGAAUAUCAGAAAGAGGGCCAAUACUUUUUCACGGCACUGUAUGGGUAACAGGGUUGACGUGUUGUGCUCAACCACUGUUUUCCACCACAAAACACCAGAAAAUGGCCAAAAAGAGUAGAACCAGCUCACCUGCUUUUACACUAUGAUUUAACUACAGUGGGGAGAACAAGUAUUUGAUACACUGCCGAUUUUGCAGGUUUUCCUACUUACAAAGCAUGUAGAGGUCUGUAAUUUUUAUCAUAGGUACACUUCAACUGUGAGACGGAAUCUAAAACAAAAAUCCAGAAAAUCACAUUGUAUGAUUUUUAAGUAAUUAAUUUGCAUUUUCUUGUAUGACAUAAGUAUUUGAUACAUCAGAAAAGCAGAACUUAAUAUUUGGUACAGAAACCUUUGUUUGCAAUUACAGAGAUCAUACGUUUCCUGUAGGUCUUGACCAGGUUUGCACACACUGCAGCAGGGAUUUUGGCCCACACCUCCAUACAGACCUUCUCCAGAUCCUUCAGGUUUCGGGGCUGUCGCUGGGCAAUACAGACUUUCAGCUCCCUCCAAAGAUUUUCUAUUGGGUUCAGGUCUGGAGACUGGCUAGGCCACUCCAGGACCUUGAGAUGCUUCUUACGGAGCCACUCCUUAGUUGCCCUGGCUGUGUGUUUCGGGUCGUUGUCAUGCUGGAAGACCCAGCCACGACCCAUCUUCAAUGCUCUUACUGAGGGAAGAAGGUUGUUGGCCAAGAUCUCGCGAUACAUGGCCCCAUCCAUCCUCCCCUCAAUACGGUGCAGUCGUCCUGUCCCCUUUGCAGAAAAGCAUCCCCAAAGAAUGAUGUUUCCACCUCCAUGCUUCACGGUUGGGAUGGUGUUCUUGGGGUUGUACUCAUCCUUCUUCUUCCUCCAAACACGGCGAGUGGAGUUUAGACCAAAAAGCUCUAUUUCUGUCUCAUCAGACCACAUGACCUUCUCCCAUUCCUCCUCUGGAUCAUCCAGAUGGUCAUUGGCAAACUUCAGACGGGCCUGGACAUGCGCUGGCUUGAGCAGGGGGACCUUGCGUGCGCUGCAGGAUUUUAAUCCAUGACGGCGUAGUGUGUUACUAAUGGUUUUCUUUGAGACUGUGGUCCCAGCUCUCUUCAGGUCAUUGACCAGGUCCUGCCAUGUAGUUCUGGGCUGAUCCAUCACCUUCCUCAUGAUCAUUGAUGCCCCACGAGGUGAGUAUCUUGCAUGGAGCCCCAGACCGAGGGUGAUUGACCGUCAUCUUGAACUUCUUCCAUUUUCUAAUAAUUGCGCCAACAGUUGUUGCCUUCUCACCAAGCUGCUUGCCUAUUGUCCUGUAGCCCAUCCCAGCCUUGUGCAGGUCUACAAUUUUAUCCCUGAUGUCCUUACACAGCUCUCUGGUCUUGGCCAUUGUGGAGAGGUUGGAGUCUGUUUGAUUGAAUGUGGACAGGUGUCUUUUAUACAGGUAACGAGUUCAAACAGGUGAAGUUAAUACAGGUAAUGAGUGGAGAACAGGAGGGCUUCUUAAAGAAAAACGAACAGGUCUGUGAGAGCUGGAAUUCUUACUGGUUGGUAGGUGAUCAAAUACUUAUGUCAUGCAAUACAAUGCAAAUUAAUUACUUAAUAAUCAUACAAUGUGAUUUUCUGGAUUUUUGUUUUAGAUUCUGUCUCUCACUGUUGAAGUGUACCUAUGAUAAAAAUUACAGACAUGCUUUGUAAGUAGGAAAACCUGCAAAAUCUGCAGUGUAUCAAAUACUUGUUCUCCCCACUGUAUUACAUGGUCAAUGUUUCUUUUGAUAAAAUAUUUAAAAGCAGGUGAGCUGUUUUAUUUAAGCAAGGUUAAAGAUAAACGUUUCGGCCUUCAUCAGAAUAAUCACUCAAAGGGAAGUGCCAGUGUUAUGUCUUUUCCUUUUCAAUGAUGGUUAGUUUUUUAGGUUGCACCUCGACUCACGUUGGUUGUGCACCCUCUGAGGGACAGACGGCAACGAAUCACUAAUCACAUGAAAUAAAUAAUAAUCUUCAGAAAUGACUUUCUCAAAGCAACAAAAUAACUAGGGCUUUACAAUGAUGGUUAAAAUGUUGAUACAUUUUGGUGUUAGAUGGGUUAAAAUCUUCCUAGAAGUCACUGAGGGUGCACAAGAGUGACAUGUCAGGGUGGCAGGUAGCUUAGUGGGUAGGAGCGUUGUGCCAGUAACCGAAAGGUCGCUGGUUCUAAUCCCAGAGCCGACUAGGUGAAAAAUCUGUCUGUGCCCUUAAGCAAGGCACUUAACCCUAAUUGCUCCUGUAAGUCACUCUGGAUAAGAGCGUCUGCUAAAUUACUAAAAUGUAAAUGUAAUGUCAAAAUGCUAAAUUUCGGCACUUCAGAUUUAUUGAAUUCUCUGUGGUCUGUAUUAAAGGGCACUUAAUUUAAUAUAACAAGCUUUUAAAAUGCAAUAUUGGUGCACAAUUUCUACUUAAAAUAUCAAAGUGACGCAAAAUACACACUUUCCCUGGAACAACCCUGUUCUGUUUGUUUAAAAGAGGCGGCAGUUAGCCUAACGGUUAGAGAGGUGAGCCACCAACCAAAGGAUUGCCCGUUUGAAUUCCGGGUCCUGGAGAGAAGUUGGUGCAUUGGUGGCAACAGGGGAUUCCAAAACUAUGGCGGGAAAAUAUGUCGAAGUGAGCUGUCAACUGGAAGGUUGAUGGUAUCAAAUCCUAGAUGUCAUCACCCGCUGUUGUGCCCUUGAGUAAGACACUUAACCCCUCCACAACAAUUGCUCCACAGGCACCAUAGUAUGGAAGUCCCCUGCUCCAACCUCUCCAACCUUUAUGUCUUUCAGGGAUAAAGUGGAAGAAGACAUUCUUAAAUCUACAAUCCUUAGUUGCUACAUAAAUUUUUGGACUUUGAAAUGAAUAUGUUCUCAUUGAUUCUUGAAUAAUAUAACUUACUGAGUGUAGUUCAACGGUCGUUCUCCAUCAGAACCCAACAUAUACAGUGGGGAUGAAAAAUGUUUUAAGUCAGCCACCAAUUGUGCAAGUUCUCCCACUUAAAAAGAUGAGAGAGGCCUGUAAUUUUCAUCAUAGGUACACGUCAACUAUGACAGACAAAUUGAGAAAAAAAAUCCAGAAAAUCAAAUUGUAGGAUUUUUUAUGAAUUUAUUUGCAAAUAAUGGUGGAAAAUAAGUAUUUGGUCACCUACAAACAAGCAAGAUUUCUGGCUCUCACAGACCUGUAACUUCUUCUUUAAGAGGCUCCUCUGUCCUCCACUCGUUACCUGUAUUAAUGGCACCUGUUUGAACUUGUUAUCAGUAUAAAAGACACCUGUCCACAACCUCAAACAGUCACACUCCAAACUCCACUAUGGCCAAGACCAAAGAGCUGUCAAAGGACACAAGAAACAAAAUUGUAGACCUGCACCAGGCUGGGAAGACUGAAUCUGCAAUAGGUAAGCAGCUUGGUUUGAAGAAAUCAACUGUGGGAGCAAUUAUUAGGAAAUUUAAGACAUACAAGACUAUUGAUAAUCUCCUUCGAUCUGGGGCUCCACGCAAGAUCUCACCCCGUGGGGUAAAAAUGAUCACAAGAACGGUGAGCAAAAAUCCCAGAACCACACGGGGGGACCUAGUGAAUGACCUGCAGAGAGCUGGGACCAAAGUAACAGAGCCUACCAUCAGUAACACACUACGCCGCCAGGGACUCAAAUCCUGCAGUGCCAGACGUGUCCCCCUGCUUAAGCCAGUACAUGUCCAGGCCCGUCUGAAGUUUGCUAGAGUGCAUUUGGAUGAUCCAGAAGAGGAUUGGGAGAAUGUCAUAUGGUCAGAUGAAACCAAAAUAGAACUUUUUGGUAAAAACUCAACUCGUCGUGUUUGGAGGACAAAGAAUGCUGAGUUGCAUCCAAAGAACACCAUACCUACUGUGAAGCAUGGGGGUGGAAACAUCAUGCUUUGGGGCUGUUUUUCUGCAAAGGGACCAGGACGACUGAUCCGUGUAAAGGAAAGAAUGAAUGGGGCCAUGUAUCGUGAGAUUUUGAGUGAAAACCUCCUUCCAUCAGCAAGGGCAUUGAAUAUGAAACGUGGCUGGGUCUUUCAGCAUGACAAUGAUCCCAAACACAACGCCUGGGCAACGAAGGAGUGGCUUCGUAAGAAGCAUUUCAAGGUCCUGGAGUGGCCUAGCCAGUCUCCAGAUCUCAACCCCAUAGAAAAUCUUUGGAGGGAGUUGAAAGUCCGUGUUGCCCAGCGACAGCCCCAAAACAUCACUGCUCUAGAGGAGAUCUGCAUGGAGGAAUGGGCCAAAAUACCAGCAACAGUGUGUGAAAACCUUGUGAAGACUUACAGAAAACGUUUGACCUGUGUCAUUGCCAACAAAGGGUAUAUAACAAAGUAUUGAGAAACGUUUGUUAUUGACCAAAUACUUAUUUUCCACCAUAAUUUGCAAAUAAAUUCAUAAAAAAUCCUACAAUGUGAUUUUCUGGGAAAAAAAUUCUAAUUUUGUCUGUCAUAGUUGACGUGUACCUAUGAUGAAAAUUACAGGCCUCUCAUCUUUUUAAGUGGGAGAACUUGCACAAUUGGUGGCUGACUAAAUACUUUUUCCCCCACUAUAAGCUUGUUUUACUCCAAUGUUUGUAAACAAUGUAAAAUAUAACCAAACACUGUAUAGCCUCAAAACAUGGAUGAAACUAUCAUGUUGAUAUCAUGGAUGGUCAGGCCUUGCAUCUUUAGAUCUGUCUAUUAAUUUGAGAGUGGUUACAUUUCUCAAAGCCCAUCCCUCAGAUUUGUACUGAAUCAGAGAUCUGGUGGUUCUUUGUCAUUGGUUUAAUUGAGGAUUCUAGCUUUAACGAGUGUAGGCAAAAUUAUGUUUUUCCUGUGUUUUAUAUCAUAUUGUACCACUGCUGAUGAAACUAACACUGUAAACGUGUGAUUUUUAAUCAGUUAUUUCCCGAUAGUUGCUGGUUGAAAAUACAAUUUACACAGGACCUUCUAAUCAGCAGUUUAGGCUUUCCAUGGUAAUGCAACAGAUGUCUCAAGUUUGGAGGGAGCGUGCAAUUGGCAUGUUGACUGCACGAAUGUCCACCAGAGCUGUUGCCAGAUAAUUUAAUGUUCAUUUCUCCUCCAUAAGCCGCCUCCAACAUUGUUUUAGAGUAUUUGGCAGUAUGUCCAACCGGCAUCACAACUGCAGACCACAUGUAACCACGCCAGCACAGGACCUCCACAUCCGGCUUCUUCACCUGCGGCAUCGUCUGAGACCAGCCACCAGGACAGCUGAUGAAACUGUGGGUUUGCACAACUGAAGAAUUUCUGCACGAACUGUCAGAAACCGUCUCAGGGAAGCUCUUCUGCGUGCUCGUCGUCCUCACCAGGGUCUUGACCUGACUGCAGUUCGACGUCGUAACCGACUUCAGUGGGCAAAUGCUCAUCUUCAAUGGCCACUGGCAUACUGGAGAAGUGUGCUCUUCACGGAUUAAUCCUGGUUUAAACUGUAAUGGGCAGAUGGCACAAAGCGUGUAUGGCGUCGUGUGGGCGAGCGCUUUGCUGAUGUCAACUUUGUGAGUGCCAAUGAUGGCGGUGGGGUUAUGGUAUGGGCAGGUAUAAGCUACGGACAAUGAACACGAUUGCAUUUUAUCGAUGGCAAUAUGAAUGCACAGAGAUACCGUGACGUGAUCCUGAGGCCCAUUAUCGUGCCAUUCAUCCACCGCCAUCACCUCAUGAUACAAGGAUCUGUACACAAUUCCUGGAUGCUGAAAAUGUCCCAGUUCUUCCAUGGCCUGCAUACUCACCAGACAUGUCACCCAUUGUGCAUGUUUUGGGAUGCUCUGGAUUGACAUGUAUGACAGCGUGUUCCAGUUCCCGCCAAUAUCCAGCAACUUCGCACAGCCAUUGAAGAGGAGUGGGACAACGUUCCACAGGCCACAAUCAACAGCCUGAUCAACUUCAUGGGAAGUUGGGCAAAUGGUGGUCACACCAAAUACUGACUGGUUUUCUGAUCCAUGCCCCUACCUUUUUUUAAAGGUAUCUGUAUUUCCAGUCAUGUGAAAUCCAUAGAUUAGGGCCUAAUGAAUGUUUUUACAUUUUCUGAUUUCCUGAUGAGUAUAAUUUUUGAAAUUGUUGCAUGUUGCAUUUAUAUUUUUGUUAAGUGUAUUAAAGUAAGGUACCUAAAUGUUACCCAAUAAAUUAUUUGAUAUUGAUAUUAUGAACGGCUGCAUUGGGCCUUUUAAACAAGUCUUAUAAAGACCAUUUCAAUGUUUUUCCUGAUUCUAACCCCAUAUCUGUUCAUUUUCCCACAGGAGAGAGCUCCAACCCAGGUUCAGACAGUGAGCCCAGUUCCACAGCAUCAGGAAACCCUAAACAACACAGACAGAGGAACUCAAGACAGAAACAUCACCACUGCAUGGACUGCUUCACUAGUUUCUAUGAGCCAGAGGAGUUGAGAAGACACACUUGUAGGCCCCACCCCUGCUCAGAUUGCAGAGGCAGCAUUUUAUGUCCAACUCACCUCAAAUCAAAACAGACUCAAAAAAGGAUUACGACAUACCCGUGUGGUCAAUGUGGGAAGAUAUGUGAAACACCAAGCAAACUCAAGACGCACCAGAUAACUCAUACAGGAGAGAAGCCAUACCACUGCUCUGUUUGUGGGAAGGGUUGCAGUCAUUCAGACCAACUAAAGACACACCAGAGAACUCACACAGGAGAGAAGCCUUACCACUGCUCCCAAUGUGGAACAAGUUUCAGUCAGUUAUCAACUCUGAGAAAACACCACCUAACUCACACAGGAGAGAAGCCUUACCUCUGCUCUCAUUGUGGGAAGAGUUUCCGUCAGUUAGCCAACCUAAAUACACACCAGUUAAUUCACACAGGAGAGAAGCCAUACCACUGCUGUCAGUGUGGGAAGGAUUUCAGACAUCCAAGAGACUUAAAUUCACACCAGAGAACGCACACAGGAGAGAAGCCUUACAACUGCUCCCAAUGUGGAAUACGUUUCAGUCAGUUAUCAACUCUGAAAAAACACAAUCUAACUCACACAGGAGAGAAGCCUUAUCUCUGCUCUCAAUGUGGGAAGAGUUUCACCAGGUUAUGUGAACUGAAGGCACACCAGAUAACUCACACAGAAGAGAAGCCUUACCACUGCUCUCAGUGUGGGGAUAGUUUCAGCAGUUUAUAUUUUCUAAAGAAACACCAGCUAAUUCACACUGGAGGAAAGCUGUUCCACUGCUCCCAGUGUGGGAAGAGUUUCAGCCAGUCAUCAACGCUGAAGAAACAUCAGAUAACUCACACAGGGGAGAAGAAGUUCCUAUGCCAUCAGUGUGGGAAGAAUUUUGGUCAUUCAUCAACUUUGAAGAAACAUCAGAUAACGCACACAGGAGAGAAACCUUACCACUGCGCUCAGUGUGGAAAUAGUUUCAGUCUGGUGGGAAACCUAAAGAGACACCAGCUAACCCACACAGUAAAGAAGCCUUACUGCUGUUCGUAUUGUGGGAAGAGUGUCAGUCAGUUACACCACCUAAAGACACACCAGUUAAUUCACACAGGAGAGAAGCCAUACAACUGCUUUCAUUGUGGGAAGAGUUUCAGUCAAUCAUCAACUUUGAAGAAACAUCAGGAGAAAAGCUGUGUCAUCAGAUCUGAAGACACCAGCUUGCUCACAGGGGAGAAGCCUUAA